AUAAUUCAGGGGAGGAAGAAACAGAACACAAUACAAGGAAGUUGUGCGAUUUCGAAGCAGAAGAAGGACAAGAACAAAAACAUUAGUAUUUCUCCCCAUCCAUUUGCAUACCAACAAGACACGCUUUUUUGUUCAAUCUCCAUAGCAGAGGAUGUAGCAUUUCAUAAAAGUAAGAGCUUUGGUUUCUCGUCAUCUGGAAAGAAAUACUGUAGAUCUGGGUUAGCAAUGGCUCCUGGGAGCAGUGUUUUCAAAGAAGUUCUUGAAUCUCAUCUGAUGUCUUCAGAUUAUGAAACAGGCAAGGCUAAAUCUGAGGCCAAGAGUAAUAGUACAUCUACAAAAUCUAGUAUUGGGUUGAAUGGAAAAAACGGAGUUAGUUCAAAUAAUGGGGUGUACGAAUUACUUGGAUGCUCUGUUUGCAAGAACUUAAUGUAUCCUCCAAUUCACCAGUGUCCAAAUGGCCAUACAUUAUGUUGCCAUUGUAAAGUUGAAGUCCACAAUAUCUGCCCAUCUUGCCAUCAUGAACUUGGAAAUAUAAGGUGUUUGGCUUUGGAGAAAGUGGCAGAAUCGUUGGAACUUCCUUGCAGAUAUCAGAGUCUAGGUUGUCAUGAUAUAUUCCCUUACUAUACUAAGCUCAAGCACGAGCAAAAUUGUGGAUUUCGUCCAUACAAUUGCCCUUAUGCUGGAUCUGAGUGCUCAGUGAUGGGUGACAUUCCAACUCUUGUUGCCCAUCUCAAGGAUGAUCACAAGGUUGACAUGCAUGAUGGAUGCACCUUCAAUCACCGAUAUGUCAAAGCAAAUCCUCAUGAAGUUGAAAAUGCCACAUGGAUGCUAACUGUUUUUAAUAGUUUUGGAAGGCAUUUCUGCUUGCACUUUGAGGCAUUUCAGCUUGGCUCAGCUCCAGUAUAUAUGGCUUUUUUGCGAUUUAUGGGUGAUGACUAUGAAGCAAAGAAAUUCAGCUACAGCUUAGAAGUUGGUGCAAAUGGGCGCAAACUUAUAUGGCAAGGGAUUCCAAGGAGCAUUCGUGACAGUCAUAGAAAAGUUCGAGAUAGUCAAGAUGGACUUAUAAUUCAGAGGAACCUUGCGCUUUAUUUUUCUGGUGGAGAAAGACAGGAGUUAAAGUUGAGAAUCAGUGGGCGUAUAUGGAGAGAAGAUUGAGAGAUGUAAAUACAAUACUCUUAUCAGAGAUGUAACCAUUGUUUUAAGAUUUUUGCUUUCUGACAAUCAAUGAAGCACUAUGUCUGCUUAUCUCUCCAUAGAUUCUCUUUCAUCUCCUUAUAGUCUGUGUCUUAGUUGUGAGUUUUACUUUCAAUUUGGCUCAGCUUUUUAGACAAAAUUAUGUGCUUCUGAAUAUUGGAAAUCUAGCUUACACGGUUGAGUAAA